AUUUUUUUUUCUUAUUUUUUUUUAUAUUAAUAUUAAUACAAAAUACAUCUACAUAGUUUGUAUAUAUCUACUUCUUUAUUUUAUAGUAUUUCUAAAAAAUGGCCUUUGAACAACAGCAGUUAAGCCAUGAAAAUGACAAUUGGAAAAAGGAUCUCGUUCUUCCUAAAAAAGAUACGAGACCUCAAACAGAGGAUGUAACAGCUACAAAAGGGAAUGAAUUUGAAGAUUACUUUUUAAAAAGAGAAUUAUUGAUGGGCAUCUUUGAGGCUGGUUUUGAGCGACCUUCGCCUAUUCAAGAAGAAGCUAUUCCUAUUGCCCUUACUGGACGUGAUAUUUUAGCCAGAGCCAAGAAUGGAACGGGCAAAACAGCAGCUUUUGUCAUUCCUACAUUGGAAAAAAUAAAUUCAAAGAAAUCAAAGAUUCAAGCUUUAUUGCUCGUUCCUACACGUGAACUAGCUCUUCAGACAGCUCAAGUAUGUAAAACAUUAGGCAAACAUCUUAAUAUUCAAGUGAUGGUGACUACAGGUGGUACAACACUUAAAGAUGAUAUUAUGCGUCUUGGUGAAGUAGUUCAUAUCGUUGUAGGUACUCCUGGUCGUAUUCUUGAUUUAGCCUCAAAGAAUGUUGCAGAUUUUAGUGAAGCUACUACAUUUGUGAUGGACGAAGCUGAUAAACUUUUAUCACCUGAAUUUACACCUAUUAUUGAUCAACUCAUCAGUUUUUUCCCCAAGGAUAGACAGAUCAUGUUAUUUAGUGCUACUUUUCCUAUGAUUGUUAAAAACUUUAAGGACAAAUAUCUUGUUAAGCCUUAUGAAAUUAAUUUAAUGGAUGAAUUGACUCUUAGAGGCGUUACUCAAUAUUAUGCUUAUGUAGAAGAAAGACAGAAAGUGCACUGUUUAAAUACUUUAUUCUCUAAGCUUCAAAUUAAUCAAUCUAUUAUUUUCUGUAAUUCUACAAAUCGAGUCGAACUUUUGGCAAAGAAAAUUACAGAAUUGGGAUAUUCAUGCUUUUAUUCACAUGCUAAAAUGUUACAAAGUCAUCGUAACCGAGUAUUUCAUGACUUUAGAAAUGGUGUAUGCCGUAACUUGGUUUGUUCUGACUUAUUAACGCGUGGUAUUGAUAUCCAAGCCGUCAAUGUAGUUAUUAACUUUGAUUUCCCAAAAAAUGCUGAAACUUAUUUGCAUCGUAUUGGUCGUUCUGGUCGUUUUGGUCACUUGGGUUUAGCUAUCAAUUUGAUUACUUAUGAAGAUCGAUUUAACCUUUACAAGAUUGAAAGAGAAUUAGGUACAGAAAUUCAACCUAUUCCACCUGUUAUUGACAAAAAUCUAUAUGUUGCACCUAAUGCACUUGAGGAUGCACAAAUUCAACAACCCAAUCGCCAACAAGCUUUAGCUACACGACAACAACAACAGCAACAAGAUAGGAAUGAACAAUCGUCACAUAAUUACCAAAAUAAUAGAGGGCGUCGUUAUUAUCAAAAUAACAGAAAUCAGCCAUCUUCUUCAAGAUCAUAAAAAAAAAAAAUUGAUUACUUUCAACUGUAAAUAAGUUUAGAAGGUCACCUCCUCCCUUUCUUUCCUUUUCCUU